AUGGACGCGAACACACAGAGGCAAAAAGGCCUCUUACUAUUCCUCUUGUCCUUUCUCGUCGUGUGCCACGCGGCGUCGAGACAGAUUCAUGUUCAGUCAAAAUCGAGCGCAAAGAUGCACGAGGAGAACAACAACGCAUCUUUAUUCAUCGCAUUCUCGAUCAAAAUGGAAUUGUUCGUGGCAUUUUUAAUGGCGUUGUGCGCGACGUUUAGCGAAACGAUAGGUGCGUUCGGGAAUUUUCGAGAAAUACGAGAAGAACGAGGGGAAAUCCCCGGGUUGUGCGUGGAAAGGAUGAACGAUUUGAGUCACUUUUGGCACCGGGCGAAAGCGCGCAGAGAGUAG